GAGCGCCGCAGUCGCCAUCUUUGCUUCGCACUGGCUUCCGGUCUUGAAACCCUGCUUCCGCUACCGGAAGACCUACUUCCGGGUCCCAUGUACACUCGAAAGGGUGGCGGGAGCUGCUGGAGGUAAUUAUUUUGAUCUCUUGUAUUAAUGGCUGUCACAAAGUCAUCACUCUCACUUUCAGUGCUUUCUACGGAGAGUGAUUCUGGGGAGUUGCCCACAUUUGCCUUUUUGAAGAAGGAACCAUCUUCAGCCAAAACGACUCUGCCUCAGAGGGAAGAGAAGAUUGUAGUGGUUGUUACCUCUGAUUCUGAAGCUUCCUAUCCUCCAUCACCAGCAUUGAAAGACCCACCACCAAUCCCAGACCCAGCUGAAACUGUCACACAAACAGGGCCAGCGAGAGUGCUAAGCAGUGGAAGUGAGGAUGAAGAGGUGUUUGUUCCCCUGGCUGAGAGGCUUACAUUGAAGUUUUUGACACACAAGCAGCUAAGCCCUGAACACUCUAGCUCCCCACUUAAAACUGUUUGGGAUCAUCAAAAUAAUAAAAGUGCAUCAUGGGACUGGAAAAGGCAACCAUUUCCAAAGACUUCUGAUUCCCUCUGUGACACUUCAGAGAGGAGUGUGGCAGAGGACCAGGACUCUACCUUAGGCAAUCUGUGCCAUCAGCUUCCAGCCUGCCCAGCUAUGUGUUUUGUCCAGAGCAAUGACUUGGCAGAAACCAAAACAAAUCCUGACAUCCCCCUACCUCAGAAGAGAACCAAGCACAGUCAGAAGGUCCAGAGACGAGGCUCUCAGGGAUGCCAGCAACAGAGACAAGCAGGCCGGAAGGAAAACACCCCAAGACAACAGGAAAGAAAAAAGAAAGCAACAGAGGUCAACAGGCUGAGAGCCCAGAAGCCGGAGGAAUGCUUAAAACACAUUGUGGUGAUGCUGGAUCCAGUGCUUUUACAGCUGGAAGGUGGGGGCCAGCUCCUCGGAGCAUUGCAGUCCAUGGAGUGCCGCUGUGUGAUUGAAGCACAGGCUGUGCCUUGCAGUAUCACUUGGAGGAGGACAGGGCUGGCAGAGGACGGAGAGGACUGGGUGGAAGAGCCGAUGAUCCUGGUGUCACUCUUGGCAGAGGCUUUUAUGUCCAUGCUCUACAAUUUAAAUCAGGGAAGUCCAGGCAGCACUGAGAAAGAGAAAGAGACACUUCAGGGCUUCAUAACAGACAUUGCAGCAAGGACUGGGGGGAAAACAGUGUCACUGGUGAUCGUGGACCAGGAGAAAUGCUUCAGGGCUCAGAAUCCUCCAAGGAGAAGGAAAUCAGGAAUGGCAAGUAAAAAGGCCAAGGAGAAGCAGCAGCAGAGACAGCCCAGCAGAGAGCCCAUGGUGUCCAGGGUAGACAUGGAGGAGGCAUUGGUGGAUCUGCAGCUACACACAGAAGCCCAGGCCCAGAUUGUACACAGCUGGAAAGAGCUGGCUUACUUUGCCUGUGCAGUCACAAAGGCAGUGGCCGAAACGCCCUUCAAGAAGCACCGGGAUCAAACCUGCUUCUCCUUCUGUGUGGAGAGCGACUGGGCUGGAGGGACGAAGGUGGACCGUGCUGGCAGGGGUCUUGCACUGGUCUGGAGGAGGCAGAUUCAGCAGCUGAACCGAGUCAGUUUGGAAAUGGCCAGUGCCAUUGUGGAUGCCUAUCCCUCACCAUGGCUCCUGGUAAAGGCUUAUCAACGGUGUUUUUCGGAGCAAGAACGCCAGAAUUUGUUGGCAGACAUACAGAUACGCCGCGGGGAAGGUAUAACAUCCACCUCCCGCAAAGUUGGGCCAGAACUGUCCAGGCGGAUCUACCUUCAGAUGACCACAAUGCAGCCAGAUCUCUCCUUGGACAGUGCUGACUGAUGUCCCACAGCAACAGGGAUAAAAGCCUCUCCAACCUUGGAAGCUGACAGCAGUGAGGAGAGCGGGAGUACCUCCUGGGUAAAGUGUUAGGGGAGGGGCAGGUCUUCCUUUUUGUGAGUCUAUGUGAACUCAGGGCAGAAGACUGAGACGUUUGCAUCUACUAACAGUAUUUGCUGUUCUGGUAAAUCAGCUCCCUUGGACUAGUCACCCCACUCCCCAGCCCCCAGCCAGCCCUCAAAACAAAGGAGACAGUUGGACCACUCAGACACAGAUUUAAUAAUUGUAGAAAUCCAAAAGAAUAAGCAUCAAAUCUCAAAGUCAGAGUGAACUCUUUGCCUGCAGGUUGGCUUGACUAAGCUCAGCCACUGAGCUGCCUCAACCAGCCAAGGAAUUAUAACUAGGCUGACUUCUAUUUUCAUAUCAUCGUAUGUAAUGUGUGUUUAGUUUCAAUAAAGCAUUUGUACCAAUAGCUCUGGAGCUUGGAGGAAGACUAAAGGAAUGUGUAGUGAUUAAGAUGUGGACCUACAAGGCAGAGCUAUCUGGGGAGGAGAGAACACAGUCCUUUCUUCCAAUGUCGGGACAGUUGUGAGUAGCAGACCUUCCGGAAGGGCCACUAGGACUACACUCUGAACUGUGACAGGUCCUUGUGCUCCCAUGGGGGAGAGGCAAGGAGCUUGCCAUUGGGAGUUUUUAGCGAAUGAGCACCAAGACACCGUCAUUUCUGAUCCCUUCAUCCAGCUGUUAUGAAAAGAUGAGGGAAAGGAGGCAGGAGACUGUGAUAGCAGCCACGAUGGACGCGCUGCCCUCACUUGUGCUAGUGUUUGGGUAUGCAUCACUAUGCCGCUCCACCCAGUAAGUUGUUUCACUUCAGCUCCAGCUGCUUCUAAUCUUUCCAUCUCAGAAUCUACUCUAAACCUGCUUCUUUGAAGUUGAAUUUUCAGAUUGCCUUUGAGGUAUUUCAGCAUACCAAAUACUAGUGGAGCUGUAACAGUGCAGCUUUGCAGAGAUCCAGCUCCAUACUUUCUGGCAAACAGAGUUAAUGCUAUAAAGCAGGUAAGGAGCCUGGCCUGCUGCCAUUUUGUGGAAGCCACUUCAGUGUGGCAGAAGUCCACAGGAGCUGCCCAAGACCCUGAUGGCAUGGAAUCUACCUGUGAGUGAUGGAUCCAUCUACUGUGAAACACUAUACUUGAGCUGAGACAAUUGUGGUGUGAGUUCUGUUCUCUCUGGCAUUAUGAAGGAGCCAAAUGACAUCAAGGAAAAGAACACUGGAGUGAACACAGGUUGUGCCUUGACUAGCUAGGGGACUGAGGGCAGGUCAUGGAAGGCCUCCCUUGCUCUGCCUGCAAGUGUUACCUGGAGUGAUGGCAUGAGGUUUUCACAGCCAAAGAUUUGGUAUG